AUGGAGUGCGCGCGGACGGCGUGGUGCGCGACGCUAGCGCUGGCCGUGCUGGCGGCGGCAGGCCCGCGUUACAGCUCGCGCAUCGUGCACACACACGCUGGAGCAAUCAGAGGUAUCAUAGUGGAACCUGCAUCGCGUCGGCUGGAGCCCGUGGAAGUGUUCCGCGGGGUCCCGUACGGAGCCCGACCGCCUCGCCUCGGCCCACCCCCGCCCCCGCCGUCCUGGCCGGGCACACGUCUCGCGGACACGUUCGCACCUGUCUGCCCACAGCGUUACCCAGACAUAUCGAACAAGAGUGCAGCCCUUCAAAAGAUGCCGCUAGGACUGUACAACGAACUCAAGGUCACCAUCCCACUGCUUGCAAAUCAGAGCGAAGACUGCCUAUACCUAAACAUAUACGUACCCGGUAGCGGCGCGCGUGGGGUGGAAGCGCCCUACGCAGUGGUGGUGUGGCUGGGCGCGGCGCACGAGUGGGGGUCGGGCAACGCGCUGGACGGCGCCGUCCUCGCCGCGCGGGCUCACCUUCUUGUCGUCACUCUUAACUAUAGGCUAGGUUUAUUAGGUUAUUUAACAACAGGCGCUUCAGACGAAGUGUCGAUGUCUGGUGGCGCUGCACCAUUAGACAUCGCAGCGGCACUCACGUGGGUUCGACGGAAUAUCGCAGCAUUUGGUGGCGACCCGCGGAGACUGACGCUAGCUGGACACUCUGCUGGUGCAGCGCUGGCCAAUGUCAUGCUGAUGCUGCCUUUGACUAAAGGUCUAAUCUCCCGAGUGCUAGUGCUCAGCGGCUCGGCCCUGAGCCCGUCGGCGCUGGCGCCGGAGCCCGCGCUCGCGCGGGAGCACACCGCGCAGGCGCUGCGGUGCGCUCGAGAUGCGAGUGGUGAGGAACAUUGGUUAAUAGCAUGUAUCCGCUCCCGUCCUCUGCCGGUACUGCUAGCCGUCGAAGCCCCACGAGCCAGGUUCCUAGCUGGCUGGGCCCCGUCAGUACCUGUGCGAGACUCGCAACUUCAGACCCCAACAAAGGCCCUUCAUGCUAGUGAAGUGUUCUUAGAUUGCGCGCUCGCGGUAGUCGUAACGACUACAGAAAGCUACCAGUACUUCAGCGAAGAUGAGGUGCGACAUGGCUUUGAAGAAGAACACAGGAACCGCGUCCUCCGAACAUACGUCAGAAACGUGUACCGUUACCAUCGCAACGAGAUUUUCGCCGCCGUUCGUAACGAGUACACGGAUUGGGAGAAGCCGAUCCAGCAUCCGAUCAACAUCCGUGAUGCGACGCUGGAGUCUCUCAGUGACGCCGCUGUGGCUGCUCCUGCGCUCAGACUGGCGCAGCUGCACGCGAAGCGGGGCGCGAAAACAUAUUUUGCUCAUUUUGCUCAUCAGAGCAAAGAUUCGGAUUAUCCUCAGCGUCUUGGCAGUGUCACUAGUGAAACCUUGCCCUACUUCCUCGGUUUGCCUCUUGUCGGUGGAUUGCCCUUUUCGCCGAGGAACUAUUCGAGGGGGGAUGUAGCUGUGGCAGAAACUACCGUCGCUCUGUUGGCAGGGUUUGCUAAAACUGGAGACCCGACUCCUAAAAUUGAUGACCAAAGAAACGAGGCCGUCAACUGGCCUCAGUACGAACUGAACACGCAACAGUAUUUGAGUAUAGGCACAAAAAUGCGCGUGAAAAGUCACUACCGCGGGCACAAGAUGGCGCUGUGGCUGCACCUGCUGCCGCAGCUGCACCGGCCCGGCGCCGCGCCGCGCCACCACCAGUUCCGCGCCGCGCACCCCGACAUGUUCGCAGGUGACAUCUUCCCAGAACUGUACACAACGCCUUCACUGGAAGAAGAAGAGACUCCAGAAGAACAAGAGCCAGAGGUUGAGGAGUGCGAGCCUUCACCAUCCGCGCGACCAGCUCUCGCCGCUCUCCCCGGCUCUCAACCUGCCCCCAAAGAAGACUCACUGACCAAUCUUGACAAUCAAUAUUAUAGUUACACCGUGGCGCUGGGAGUAACUGUCGGUGCUGGAUGUUUCCUUCUAGCGCUGAAUCUUCUGGUAUUUGCUGGUAUAUACCUCCAGCGUGGCAAGAGACGGAACAACCGCCGUCCUAGAAGAGAAGGUAGUUGCAGCAGUCGGGGAACAGGUUCGAUGAGUGACCCCGGUAACGUGACAUCGCCGAGAAAGAGCACGCUAAAGCGCAGCAGCGAGGCAGAGUUAAAAGAGAGACCGACCAACGCACCGCCAAAAAAACGCGUGCAAAUUCAAGAGAUAUCUGUCUAG